AUGUCGAUUCAUACAGUUUUAUCCUUCUUGCUUUUAGCAUUAUUGGCUACAUGUUCUGUGUCACUACUAAACUAUGAUGGCGUUACCAUUGAUAUGAUUCACAGAGACUCCUUGGUUUUUUCUCUGAAAAACUCAAAACCAAGCUACAGAAACCUCAUAAACGGAGCCUUACAGCGCUCCAAGAGUCGUGCUGAUUAUUUGGCAUCGGGUACUCCCACCGCUGAUGUGUUACCUUCUGGUGGAGAAUUUCUGUGCACGCCAUGUACCAAGUGCUUCCCUCAGAAGCAGCCUCUCUUCACGCCCAAUAAAUCUUCAUCUUACAAAGUGGUGGCCGGUAAUUCAAAGGCCUGCAAGUCGCUUGGAGGGACGCCUUCGACCUCUGGAGACAACUCGUGCAGGUACUCCUUGUCGUACCAGGUGAAGUACCACUCUCGUGGAGUCCUCUCCUCGGACACGAUCACCAUGAAAACCACCUCAGGUGCGCCAACCUCUCUUCCAAACAUGGUUUUCGGAUGUGGUUACGAUAACUCUGCUGACACCAGCGUGGAUGCAUCUGGAGUGAUCGGGCUAGGGGUCGGACCGGGUUCCCUUAUCACCCAAAUGAACUCUAUUAUUGGUGGUAAGUUCUCUUAUUGCUUAGUCCCAAAUGCACACAGCAAUCCCAAGCCCAGCAAAAUGCAUUUUGGCAGCAGAGCUGCAGUUACUGGUGCUUCAGUAGUCACCACUGCUAUGCAAAUUGUCAAGAAUUCUUAUGCUGUCAGCUUAAAAGGAAUAAGUGUUGGAACCACGAGGCUGGCGGCAUCCACCCUCUCCGAUUUCCCUUACUCAUCGAAGAUCUUUGGUUUCUCCAAUCAAAAGAUGAUCAUCGACACUGGAACCAUAGCCACGCAUAUUCCUGUGAAGCUCUACGAGUCCUUAGAAGCAGCGAUGAGGAAACAGAUGAACAUGGAUGUUCACCCUGAUCCGGAAUCGUUGCAGCGGCUGUGUUACAAGACGCCUGGCCGCAGCAUCCUAGCGCCUAUCGUGACGCUGUACUUUGCUGGUGCAAAUGUGAAGUUGUAUCCAGUAAACACAUUCGUUAAUGCUUCGAAUUCGAAGGAUGUUCAUUGCCUUGCUUUUCAGCCUGAUAAAAGGGUAGCCAUUCUUGGGAAUUUGGCACAAGUCAAUUUCUUGGUGGGGUUUGAUCUGGGAAGGAAGCUCGUCUCCUUCAAGCAGACUGAUUGUACCAUCCAGUAAUGGAGAAAGAGACGUUUUCUAAUGGCUUAAUUGACCUUCAAUAUGCAGACUAUUGAAUUUAAACUUGA